GAAGAACGUUUUUAUUUGGUACGUCUAUCCAGCCUGAGUCUUCCCAUCUGCUUAGAUUUUGGCUGACUCCUUGGAUAGUGGUGUCGUCCUCUAUUACUAUCUUCACAUCUGCAGUUCUCGGGAUCCUCUUUAGCCCGGUGAGUACUGCUAGGGCUUCCCCUGCUGCCCUCGAUGGCCCCAGCUCUUCGGGGGUCUGGAAGGUCGUGUUCCGUGUGUCAUCAGGUCCGAACCACGCUGCGAUGUUGUGUCCAAGUGUCGGUGCAACUUUGUGGGCUGCAAUGAACAUGGUUUCGUGUCUAUUUGUUGGUUGCUGCCGGAGCGGGACGAGGGAGCUUGGGUGGGAGGUCGUUUUCACACAUAUUCUGAAACCAUCUGUUUUGUUGACCGUUGGGGGGAGGUACAGCUGUUUGGUGCCGCGGCCCGCCUCUUCUUCUGUCUCGCGAUCGGGCGAGCUUUCAGCCUCUUUGGGAAUCCAUCUUGUCCCGAGCUGGGCAAUCCUCGAUGGUACUGUCCUUGCGCAUGCGUCGGGAUUCUGGCAACCAAGGGUGUUGCGAUCCCUUAUACACUGGGGGCAGUCGCAGUCAGUGUUGACGGGGUCGGGUCUAGUACUAGACCUAGACCCCGGGGUCUUGGGUCGGGUCUAGGUCGGGUCUACCCACCGACGAUUUUUGGCACGGUCUACUGGGGUCUUGUCCCAAUUAGGCAGCUUAGUCAUAAAACACUCAUUUUUGC